AUGACUGCUCGAAUGGAAGGGAGCGCUGGAACGCUUCUCGUCGAGAGUGUUCAGGGCACUCCCGAGGGCAUCAAGGGUGCCGUCUGGGAGACCUGGGGGGCGCCGGAUACCUCUCGCGAGGUUUUGAAGAUUGAGUAUCUUCAUGGUCUCUCGCUCCUUCUGUGCGAGAUGACCGCACAGAAGGAGAUGCUGCCCCAGUCAACUGAGCGCAUCGUUGAGGUCCAAGGCACACCCGAGGGCAUCAAGGGAGCGAUUUGGGAAUCUGCAAUGUCUCGUCGACGAUUGGCAGAGAGUCACGGGUACAGUCCUCCACAACCCUGUCGUUCGCACCCAGUCCGGUACAACAAACACGGCGUCGGCUUCUUACUUUUCCGAAUAACAAACGCGCUGAGGCAUAGGACCCAGCCAAGAGGACUCCAAGAAGCGUAUCAAGAUCACUCACGGAGAGUCUGCUAUCAUAAAGAAGAUAUGGGUCGAAAUGGUCGUCUGCUAGAAUCUGGCAAGCAUCAUUCUUUGAGUUUAUGUUCGAAAACAUGUUUCAAUGGGAGGAGCCUGUCCCAGGAUGAUGUCGAUGGUUAUUUCACCACAAGCCGUCAGUCUCAUCAUCGACAUCAUCCUCGGGAUACUUGA